CACUUAAUUAUUAUUAUUAUUAUUAUUAUUAUUAUUAUUAUUUUAAUCUUGACAGUAAUCACAUGUAUCAUGUAUGACAUACACAAUGAAUGUAUCAUAUAUGAAUCAAGAUUUUAUUAAAUAAGUUAGCUCGAACUCGACUCAUUUGCAGCCCUACCUCCAUAACACGCUAGCUCAUUCGGUCCUGCACCUUGCUCCUGUGAAAGUGAUUUGCACUGAAAUUAACUGUUAAUCGUUUAAUGCAUAUUAACUGCACCUAUGACUCCAUUUCAACCGCGAUUAAUGCAAAUUUAACUACGAUUAACCACAACAGCACUGAUUGUUAGUCCUAACGGAUGGUAGGGAUGGCAAUUUCGACCUGACCCGUUUUACCCGACCUGUUUGACCUGCUUUGGGGCGGCUCCGACCCGCCCCGUAGGCGGGGCGGGGCGGGCAUGGGUACCUCCCAUCGACCUGACCCUGCCCUGACCCGCCCCAUUCUUGACCCGUUUUUCCCUAAACUACAUGUAAUCCUAGUAAAAUUAUUUAGGAUUUUCCUUUUAUUACCUCAUAUUUUAGCUACAAUAAGCUUGUAAAUAAGUGAAAACCUAAUUUCUCCAAUAAUUUAACUACAUUUCAUCAUAUUAUUGUUUCUUUGGUCUUUUAAUGAAAAUAACAAAUAUUUCUAAUGUUUUUCUCAUAAAUUGGAUACCCAUUAGGUCGACUUUCCCCGACCCGCGCCCCGUGAUAAAAUACCUGACCUGGACCCAACCUGGCACGGGACGGGUAUGGAUAUAAAGAUACCCGCCCCGGACCUGCCCAUUGCCAUUCCUAACGGGCGGGUCAAAUUUUUCCUGGCUUUCUUAUGCCCUGUUCACUUCCAUUUUCGUUUCCUGUUUUAUGUUUUCAUGUGAUAAAUUUGGCAACCGAAAUGAGAAAAUUUGUUUACUUUUCAUUCUGUUUUCUAUUCGUUUCCAACUAUGAAAACAGAAAGUGGCAACUUCCUGCUGUUUUCGGAAACGACAAAAUGUUGUUUUCACCUGUUUUCAACAUCUGUUUUCUCAAAAACAGGAAACAGAAAUGAAAGUAAACAGGCCCUUAGGUUCCCAGAACCCAGCCCAAACCUCACCUGAAGCCCAAUUUGAUUUUGGAUUUGGUUAGCUAUGUAUGCAAAUUGAAGUAAAGAACAUUUUUUUUUGAAGUAAGGAACAUAGGAUGAUAGGAACUUAUUCCUAAAUUGGAAUUAGGGGUGUCCAUUCGGGUUCGGUUUUUCGGGUUUACCCGAAACCGACCCGAUUAUAUACAUUUUCGGAUUUUCGGUUUCGGGUUCGGUUUUGCUUAUCGGUUUUUCGGGUUUCGUCUAAAAACCUCCAAUGAAUAGAACUCAGCCCAUAUCUUAGGCGUUCGGGUUUCGGUUUUGCUUUAACCGAACCCGAACCCGAUAAGGAAUUUUCGAGUUUCGAGUAACCAGAACACGCAAGUCCUUAUCGAGUUCGUGUUCGAUUUUAGUGGUUUUCGGUUUCGGGUUUUUUCGGGCUUCGGUGUGGGUAACCGAACCCGACCCGAACCGACACCCCUAGGCCCUAAUUGGAAUACAAUUUUAAAAUACGCAACAAUAAUUUUGUAAGAAAAUCCAACAACAAGCUAUUUUGGCGUUCCAUUUAGAAGCGAACUCUACGUCGUCGGUCCUCCCUCUCCACUGCUUCACCUCCGGAAAUCCCACGCAGGAUCGCUGCACUAGGGUUUCGUUGGUUACUGCUCCGUUUCUCACCUCACCGCUGCUCCGAUUUGCAUGGCGGGAGCUGGAAUUCACCCUUAUCACCAGCAGUGGCCGCCGGCUCCUGCUCCGCCGCCACCGUCUGCUGCCGCGGCAGGCCCUCCUCCUCCUUCAGUCCAUUACCCUCACCCGCCUGCUGCUAUGGUCGAUAAUUCCAACCGCGGCCCUACGCACGACGAGGUUCGCACGGUUUUCAUCACGGGGCUGCCUGAAGAUGUGAAGGAGAGAGAACUCCAAAACUUGCUGAGGUGGCUGCCGGGUUAUGAAGCUUCGCAAGUGAACUUCAAAGGAGAGAAGCCCAUGGGGUUUGCUCUUUUCUCCGCUGCUCAAUUUGCCAUUGCUGCCAAGGAUGCGCUUCAGGACAUGGUUUUUGACGCAGAGUUGAAGGCAGUCUUGCACACUGAAAUGGCGAAGAAAAAUCUUUUUGUUAAAAGAGGAAUAGUAGCAGAUACUACUAGUGCUUUUGAUCAAAGUAAGCGAUUACGUACAGGUGGUGACUAUGGCCAUGUUCCCUAUCCCUCUCCAUCACCGUAUCAUCCUCCUCCUCCUCCUCCUCCUGUCUGGGGUCCCCCUGGGUACAUGGCUCCACCUCCACCCCCAUAUGAUCCAUAUGGAGGCUAUCAUGUGCCUCCAGUACCAAUGCCUGCACCUCCUCCUGUACCUGCUCCAAGUAGUUAUGUUCCUGUCCAGGUGAUGUCAUCAUUUCAGUGUGCGUGACUGGACUAUGUGUGUUUCUAUUGGAUCUUUUGGCUUGUCUUUUUUGGUGAACCUUUUUGUUUUUUCUUUUGAUAACGAAAGCACUUUUGUGAAGUUUCUGCACUAUUGGGCAUCAACAGAUUGAAUGUGAUUAGCGCUUUCCUUAUUCAAAUCUGCAUUUUGUCACCUCAAAAGCAUGUCUUAUUGGCUGCGUUUGAUAUGUAAGUUUGGAGGAUUCAUAAUCCUUAAAACCAGAAAGUAUUAUAGUCUUGUCUUAUGGUGCAUCUUUCGUCUGGGUUGUUUAUUUUCCCAUUUUAUUUUUUGGUUUGGGUUUGCCAAGUGCUACCUUUCUGUCAUUCUUAAGCCUGUUUGACUUGCUUAGGUUUUAGAGUUAGAUUCCAAAUCCUAAUGGUGUCAUUUGCUCAUGCGAAACCAUUUUGGUAUCUACUAGAGGAUAUGAAGUACGAAGAAGAUUCGUGCUCUUCUAACUUUAGGCAUAUAAUGAGCUAAAAUAAAUUUUGUUGAACUUUUGGCGCUCAACUUAGUAGACUUCAGUAUCCAUAAUUGAGAACCCUAAGAGUAUGUGGCCUUACUACUAGUACGGUCAACUAUUUUUCUAAUUUACAGGGUUAUGUUUCUUAAUAUUGAAAAUAAGAGGUAGUAUAUGGGCUGAGCUGUUAUCCUAAAGGGGUUAUUUCAGAAGUUGGUUAGUCACCACCUAUACUUGGGUUUUUCUUCUUUGUUCUGAUAUUGGUGUAUAAUUAAUUUUUCCUACCUGCAAAAGGUCUUGGAUACCUUCAUUUUUUGUGGACAUGGUGCUUUUAUUGUCCUGAGCUAUCAUUUUCUUUCCUGUAAUGUCUUUCUGACCUCCUGUGGCUUUACUGUUGUCUCCUGAUCCAUGCAGAACACAAAGGAUAAUCCUCCCUGCAACACGCUGUUUAUUGGCAAUCUUGGAGAAAAUAUUAAUGAAGAGGAGCUGAGGGGACUAUUUAGUGGGUAGGAACUUCUCUAACAUGGUUGCUUCUACCAGCUGCUCUUUGAUGCAGUUCUUUGGUGUACCUUAGAUCUUUCCCUUCCUUUUUGGCUUAUUUGGUGCCUUUCUGUGACACAGACAACCUGGUUUCAAGCAAAUGAAAGUCUUGAGACAAGAAAGACAUACAGUUUGUUUUAUCGAGUUUGAAGUGAGUGGAAUGUUCACUCUAGUUUUUCCCCUUUGCCGCCUGGCGUACACUGACAGUGGUUUGUUUUGUUGACCAACAGGAUAUGAACAGCGCAACCAAUGUGCACCGAAGUUUGCAAGGUGCUGUUAUUCCCAGCUCUGGUACUGUCGGCAUGCGGAUACAAUAUCCUUUUACAGACUUAUUCAUAGUAAUAAUUUACUUAUUAUCAUUUCUUAUAGUCUAUGUUAGAUCACAUAUAGACAACUAUAAUUGAAAUAUCAGUAUAGCUUGAAUUGUGGGGUUUGUGGUUCUUCAUUCUUGUCUAUUUUCAUUGAAGCCUUGUUUUGUUACACUUGUAGGGUCACAUGUUUGGAGGCUGCGUCAUUAAUUCUUGUUUCAUGGUUGAUAGGUGGAGUGGGGCAAUAGGUCUAUCCAACUUCUAGGUCUAUUUUAACUAAAAGCGAAAGUGUAUGAACUAGUGGAUUUAGCUAUUAACCUGGCUAUAGAGAUUUUUUUGGAAUGCAAAGAAACAAAAUGGACAUCGUGAAAGCACUUCUGGUCUCACCUUCAAGUAAUUUAUCUUGUGUUUCUUGCUAUCUGUAGUUGGUGUCUGAAACUCUAUCGAAAAUGAAAUGUGUAUUUAUGUUGUAAUUACUAUCCCACUUGUGCUGUGUGCCUAUUUUCCUUAACUAAUUGAUGCAAGUAUUCGAAGAAUCCAUAUGGGAAGAGGAAGGAUGGAGCUCACCCUACUGUUGCUUCUCCCAGCACCAAUGGAGCUCAGCCAGCUAUGACUUACCAGUAGUGGAAGGAAGGGGGAUGUAACUCUGAUCUUUAUGCUCCAAGAAAUACUUACUGCAUGAUAGGAUGCAUCUUGCAGCAGUUGCAUGCAUCCAUUCCACAUCACAAAGCAUCAUCAACAUUAGCAUCUGUUCUUCACGAGAUUUUGAAUACGCGUAUCGCUGUCAUUUUACAUGGCAUUGGGGUCCAUGUUAUUAUUUAUUAUCUCCCAGACAUGCAUUUGUAGCAGGUUGUUAAACAUAGACAAUUAGUUUGUCUCCUAAGAAGUGCUUGCCUUCUGAUGGGCGAUUCAUGACAACUGUGUUAUGUAGUGUGCAUUCUCACACCCCGUUUUAAUUAUUGACAACUAGACAUCACUAUUAGGGAUGGUUGUUCAAUCAGGUCUUCACCCCCUUUCUGUGUUGCUUCGAGUUUCAUUCCAUUAUUUAAACAUGACAUCCAAAAUGUAUCUGCAGAUCACGUAUCAUGACACAGUUUAUCAACCCCAUUCACAGCAUCAAUCAUAAUCUGUUACUAACCAUGAAUAUCGACAUAUCAUGUUGUCCAAUUAGGUCUUUGCCCCCUUUCUGUUAAAUCACAUAUCAUGACAGUUUAUUGAGCCCAUUCAGCAGCAUCAAUAAUAAUCUGUUACUAACAAUGAAUGUCAACAUCUCAU